AUGCUUUAUAAAAUUAGGACAUUUAUUGUUGUUGAAAAUAAAAUGACCUACAAAAAAACUACUGCUCCCUACCGAUUCUUCUUUGUCCUGAGAUCCAGUAUCUCUGAAUUGAAGGAUGCUAACUUCCCUAUAAUGAUCUAUAACUUUAUACCUUUUCAAAGACUUGCUGAAGCUGAUUCGGUUGACGAAACCGUACUAAUUAGUAUCAUAUUGUACACAAAUAAUGAAAACUUAAAACCAAAUGUUAUUGGACGCCUUGCUAUGAGAUACCCACCCCGCGAGGUUGAGUAUGGCGGACAACAAACAAUCCUGAUGGAAAUACUUUCGGAGGAUCAUGAAAGAAACAUAAUAUCUUGCCUACUGUGGAUACUGGGUGAGUACGUUGACUAUUGGCCAACACAAAUGAGGGGGAUAAUGCAAAUUCGAGUGUCCAACAUGUUCAAUGUUACCAAGCUUAUCAUAAAUGAUGAUAAUUCGGAAAUAAAUGAGUUCUGCAACAGGUUCAUCAUUCAAGGGAGAGUUGAGGUACCGAUAACCAAUAUUGGUGAACGAAAAUAUGAACAUUCUGCUAUAUUAGCGGAGGAGCUUGAAAGCCCAAAGGCAAUUUUUAAGAUUAUAAACCAACUCAAUGCAACUGAAGAAGCAGGGAACUACUGGGUCUGUGCAAGAAUCAUUCAUUUUGACUGUGGUGGACAAUGGAGUUACAUCGCAUGUAAUAAUUGUUCAUUCAAAAUGAUUCCUAUGAAUGGGAUGUUUUAUUGUUCCAGAUGCGAUAAAGAAGAUUUCACGGGAAAGCACAUGUUACGAGAACUCAAAAUCCCUGUUACCGUGGCUGACCAAAUAGGACUUACUAUGUUUCUGCUUUGGGAUUGGGAGAGCACCGACUUGAUUGGAAAAACAACAAUUAAUUUGAAAUCAAAAGUUGAUUAUGAAGCAAAAGCUAACGAUGUUCCUAAGGAGAAUCUGGAGUUGGUUCAUUUGAAAGUAAAGGUUACCCAAAAUUCGGGAAAACCUAAAAAUAAAGAGAUGACCAAUACUGUUCUGAAGGCAACGACUGAUCCAGAGCUUUUGAACACAUAA